AACAAUGAAAACAUAAUGCUCUUUAAAUAGACUCGGUGGGUUGGAUCAUUGAUUAGUGCCGCUUUGAUUGUUUUUCGAGAAAACACGCACGCCUCCUGACGAGGCAAAUGCUGACAGCCAAACUUAAUAUAUUCUUCAGCAUACCUUUACUUCCUCCUUACUACAUCAUUUUUUUUUUCGCUUGCUGGCGUAUUUUUAGGCAAGACUCAAAGGCGUGACCUACAUUGAAGCAAGACCGGUCCAUCGAUGUGCGUGAUAUACUUAUCAAUACCGAAUGUGACAUCGACGACAGUUGAUGCGUAUCAGUCUCACCGGGGAAUUAUCUACGUCAUGACAAAUUACUGUCUUAUAGCCCACUCGCUUUGAAGUGUUAUUUCGUAAGCUGGCCACGUUCAGUGUGGAAUAAGUUGCACAACUCAAGCAGCUAUACAUGUAUUUCGCUUUCGCGCGUUAACACAAACUUCUCGCGUAACUUAAAAAACGAAAAUUGCCUCCGAGGUUUCAUUUCUUCUCUAUUUCGGCAUUUAUGGUGCAUAUGGGAAAGGUAAGUGUUUUUGCAUUUUCUUCUUUCUUCUUCUCUGCUGUGAAAUUAUAUCAUCAGGCAAGUUUGGGUAUUCUUAUGGUUUUUUACUUCAUCCCCUUUAUUCCAAAACUUAGUAAGUCCACAAAAGACGUUCGAUGCCGUCGGAGAUGAAAAGUUCUCCAUGUGGCUCAGAUGGUAUUAAUUCCAUUUGCGGUCACUCUAUUUUCAGCGUAUUUUGACAGCAUAUGUCCCUCUUAGUGUACGGUUCCAACCAAAAAAAUCGACUCGAUGAUGUGUAAAUUCAUUCCCACUCUAACAUGAAUAUGCUUUCAGCUGUUGUUAUUUUGAAGUCAUUUUCAAGAUCGAUGAACAUUGAAUGAAGUAUUAUUUUAACUUCUAUAAGGAGCUUGAGUAGUUCAGUUGAAUAUUGGCUGAUUUAUAUAGAUAACUCUGUUUUCCUUGCGUGACCUUUCGUCUAGAAGAGGUUUGCGCGAAUUUGAUAACUCCUCCUUGAAUUGAGAAUCGAUAUGAUUAACAAAAAAUCCCGCUUUUACACAUUAGCAACAGAAACUGUGCAUAAAUUCAGCUCUGACAACAGAAAGUGACGUCAUUUCAAGGCAAACACGUCUGUCUCCCUUAGUUAAUUAUUAAAUGCCGUCCAGCAAUAUAUAGAGGGUGAUCUGAAGCAAUUGAGCUACAAACACAGCCAAAAGCGAUCGGGUGAGAGCCAUGGAUACAGAACACGAUGUUUUUUUACGGCGGCAAACUGAUUGUUAAUGCUAUUUCAGUAAUCGCGAUGUUUCCCUCUGUAGAUGAGAGAGUGUUUUAAGCGUGGUAUAAUGGGAUGUCUACCAUCAAAGAAACGGGAUGAAGAAAAUACCUCGAGCGAUACAAGCUCGACAGCGCAAAGAGUACAUCCCAACCGCAAGGAUGCCUCGAAGAAACAUGAAAAAUCGGUUCUCGCGCCGACGAUUCAAAUGGUGAACGAAGAUACAUUAAAACUUCUUAAGGAAAUCGGCGAACUGAAGGUUUUUCAGACAGCGAACAAUGCCGAUCACAAAAGAAAUAUCGACCUCCAUCAGGACAUAAUCCUCGCACUAGAAAAUCCCACCAAAGGAAGUAACGCGGUCACGUCGCUAUCAAGUGCAACAGAAAGCAAUAUGAAAUGAAUUAGAGUUUCGAAUUCAUGCUGAAGGGCAAACACUGCGAAAUAUACACAAGAUGGAGAAAUUUAUUCAAACCCGCUGUAGGAAUCGCUUAGUAGUUGUUGAAUAAAUUGAAAGCUAGCGGACACACUGCCAUGGGGCAAUUUCUUCGACUCCACUCUUCUCUGGUUUUGUGGAUGUUAAGUGGGUUUUAUGGCCAGGUUUCUGCGGCUGCUACAAUUGGUGGUGCAUUUUGACUCGGGGGAUUUAUCGCCUGGCAAGAAAACGCAGCAGAUGGAAAAAAUCCAAGCCUCGAUCGUUGUGAAAACUGAAAAAAGAUUGUAGCGAGGACAGGAAAAAGGCACAUGCAUGAUACCUCUAGCCAAACUGCCGACUCAGUCAAACCAACAUCACUAAUGUUCUUUUUUUCAGCGUGAAGAUUAAAAAAGAACAAGGAAAAAAAAAAUGAAAACAGAAAUCUACGAGUCAUACGAAAGUGAAGGUGGAGGUCGGUUCUUUGCCCCAGUUCAAAUUGACAGUUAUAAACAUGGUGAAAUUUAAGUGAAUUUAUUUAAUAGCAGAGGAACAUUGUUUGAAUUUUCAAGAAAUGUCUCUGUAUGGAUGGCCUUGCCACCGGUGGAAGAAAUUCCUGAUGUAAAUAGAUCUUGGUGUUAUUAAUAUUCAUACAGUGUAAUGUAGAAUUCUAUUUUCUUUAAACAAACAGACAAUGUAUGUUCAUUCAUUCGUUUUAGAAUUCAAGUCCUUCGUGAAUCGAUGCUGCUCACCAUUGCUAACUGUAUAUACCCAAUCCGACGAACCAGUCGAAAAUUGCAGCUUUUUAAACACACCGCGGCAGUAUUUUUUGUUCGGUUGAGAAAUAAUUUUCGUAUCCACUGAUUUGAACGGUUGCAUUGUUAUAACACAAGAUGUUAUUUUCUAGCGAUGAAAUAGACACUCGCCUCGAUCAUAGAUCCACUAAAAUUCUUAUAGAAAUUGUACUGAAAUUGCACGGAGAAACUUAUUGCAAAAAAAAAGGAUAAAAUAGGAGCACCCAUUCGCAGUAAUAUUUGCAAUGUAAGAAAUAAACACUGCAGUAAAAAUUAAAAGAACGAAAUUCAGAAAUUUGCAUACAAGUCACACUGUUGAUUAAAAAAUUUGACACAAAAAUAGAUGAAAACGUAUUUGAUCGCAUUGACGGAAUAUUUCUUUAAAAUUAUUUAUUCUAAGUUCUCUAAAACACUCUGCUAUACAAAAACUAUGCAAUAAAACUGACCACUUUGUUAAAAAAGGCCAUCCCAGUGUCUUGUCAGUAUUGAUUUAAGCUUGUAUUUAAUUUUUAGUGUUUAGCGCGCUUGAAAUUCGAAAUUAUGGUCUGGUUGACGCUUUUUAGCAGCUUAUUUUUCGGGAUUAUGUCUACAUAUUUUUUAUGUAUUUAUAUUUAUUUUCACAUAAUUUUUACCGGUUUUAUUGAUACCGGUUUAGACUUAUCUAUACCAAAAUUGAUUUCGUACCAAAAAUUAUGAUUUUUGGUGGGUAUUAAGUUGUUUCGCUUUAACAAGUCUUUUCUGUUUUUGCAAUUACGAUACCCACCUUUUGCAAAUAAGAACAGCAAUGGUAUUGUAGAGAGAAUGGCCUCUAGCAAGCCCCCCUCCCCCUCCCCCUUACCCCAAACCAACACCACUCUCCUCAGCUGCUCUUUUGUUUUCUCGAAACUGGCCUUAAUAAAAGUAACUGACGUUAGAUUGAAUUUCUGUGGAUUUAGGGAAAUCGUUUUGAGAUGUGUGUUAGUUGCAACAGAGAAAUCUAUUUGCACCAGUUAUUUAUUGAUAACCUCUUGAGGAUGAUUUGGCAAAUAAGGGAAGCUUUUUAGCCCGCUGGGCUUGCGUCGGUAGUGACAAUUUAAGGCAUAUUGGUUAGAUCCUUCCAACCAUCGCUACAAACGAGGAAAUGUAAGGAAAAAACGGUUUGUCGCAGUUGCCGCUGUCUGAGAUUUUCCAAUUGGAAGAAAGUCUCUUUUUUGUUCUCUCCGUGGUCAGGAAAUUUUGCACAAAGCCAAGGAACUUGCUGUUGUUGUUGUUGUUGUUUUUGGUCCAAUGAGAGGCAACCCCAAUGCGUUGUGUCGCACAGAAAACAUCAAAACGGAAAUAUACUGUCUCCAAUGAGAUGUUUCCUUGAAUCUCUGGCGUUUAAGCCCAAUAACAGUAGUUAUAUUCUCCACACUGUUUGCUUUCUUUUCUUAUACUACUAUUGUCGAGAAUUUGUGGAAAUAUCAGGACAUGCUUUAGUAUAUAAUUUCCGAGCAGUUACCUCCCACUUCGAUCUCUGUAUAGGUUUAAGCCUUACCGUUUUCUUGUUUCUUUGCUCCUGUUUGUUGUCUCUCCUCGCCCAGGUGUGUAAUCGAGACACGCGAGACACAUCUGGGAAUAGCCCUGUGAUGGACUGGUACCCCGUCCAGGAGCGGGCAGUAGCCGUACUCCGAGAUGCCCGGCGCAGGUUUAAGGCUCCGGCCUUGUGGGCACAUGUGCAGGUGUGCACCUUUACUUCUUAGCGAUCAUUUCAUUAAUUCUCUACUUGUGUCUGAUACGUUUGCUGAUAGGGAGAAACUAGAGGUUGGUCAAUUAUUUUUGCCGAUGCGGACGAAAUCCUUAGCGUGACCAUGCAAACGAAACGUCUUCUGCAAUAAUUUGGCCUUGUGUUGGAUGAAAUUUUUGUGAAUUUUGAGGUUAAACGGUUAAUUGUGGUACGUCAUGCAUGAGUACAGUAAGACGUCGGGGUGGACACUAGAGG